AUGGCGAAGUGGGGUGAGGGUGACCCAAGAUGGAUUGUCGAGGAACGAGCAGAUGCCAAAAAUGUCAACAAUUGGCACUGGUCUGAUAAAGAUGCGACUAAAUGGUCAGUAAAAACUAUAAAAGAGCUGUUGCUAGGUUCUACUUUUGACAGUGAUUCAUGUUCUGGUAAAAUAACUGAAGUCUCUAAAUGUGAAGGCGAAGCUAACGUUCACGUUCGUAAGGGGAAGUUAAUAUUUCUCUAUGAAUGGCAGAUUGAGAUUGAUUGGGAGGGAAAAAUGAAGGGUUCUGACAACAAAACAAAUUUCAAGGGUAAAGUGGAAAUUUUGAAUAUGAGUGAUGAGUACACGGUGGAUGAACUCGAUACAAAUGUCAGUUGUACUUCUUCGUCGUCUAGUGGUGAUUUGAUGAGAACUUUUGUCAAGUCCGCUGGUGUUGAAUGCAUUAAGUCCAAACUAAAAGAAUAUCUUAAACUCCUUAAAGAAGAAUAUGCUCGGGACCUUAUUCUUCCGACAAAAAAUGAUACAAACGGUAAACCCACUGGUGUACCACAGUCUGCUGCAGCACAGAACAAAGUAACUGACAAGACUGAUCGUCCUCCAGCUGAUGUCAAAGAGCCUAAAGAUCUAUCAAACAAAAAUCUUUCAAUCACAGAUGAAUUUUUCUGCACACCUGAAGAUCUUUAUAAAGUUUUCACUACUAAAGAGUUGAUUCAAGCCUUUACACGAUCUGAGGCCGUUGUUGAUGCGGUACCCGGUGGAGCAUAUUCUGUCUUCAGUGGUAAUAUAUCAGGAAUUUUCGACGAACUUGUUGCUGGGAAAUCAAUAAAGAUGAGGUGGCGUAAACGUGAAUGGCCAGAAAAUCAUUACAGUAAUCUAACAUUAGAAAUGAGCGCUUUUGAAGACAAUACACGUAAUGGAUGGAGGACUAUUUUUCUUUCUGCACUUAAACAAACAUACGGUUAUGGUGGACGAAUGUUUUAA